UGGGGUUCCUGGGGGUCGUGACCCCGCAGGCUGCAGGGUCCCAGUGAUAAGGCUGUUGAUUCUGGAGACAGACUCCCCCCCCCCCCCCCCCGCGGAUCAGCCAAUGGCGGCGGGGGGCGUGGGGCCGCUGAGGGAGGUGUCCGCUGGCCGCUCAGCGGAUUGGACGCUUUAAAAAGGGCAGAGUGUGUGUGAGUGUGUGUGUGUGUGUGUGUGUGAACAGCGACAGGAAUAGAAAGGUUUGUGUUGAGGUUCUCCGGGAGUUCACAGCACGAGGACACCGGCAGCAGGAGAAGCGAACCGGCAACCGGGAGCAGAACACCGGGAGCAGGACACCGGGAGCAGAACACCGGGAGCAGGACACCGGGAGCAGGACACCGGGAGCAGGACACCGGGAGCAGGACACCGGGAGCAGAACACCGGGAGCAGGACACCGGGAGCAGGACACCGGGAGCAGAACACCGGGAGCAGGACACCGGGAGCAGAACACCGGGAGCAGGACACCGGGAGCAGGACACCGGGAGCAGGAGCCGGGGGGCGGGAGGCCGGUACCGGGAGGAGCAUGGCGCUGGACUUCGCCGCCGGCUGUAUCGGGGGUGCUGCUGGUGUGCUGGUGGGACACCCGUUUGACACCGUGAAGGUGAGGCUCCAGGUGCAGAAUGUGGACAGGCCUCUGUACCGCGGGACGUUCCACUGCUUCCAGUCCAUCGUCCGGCAGGAGUCUGGACUCGGCCUGUACAAAGGCAUCGGCUCCCCCAUGAUGGGCCUGACCUUCAUCAACGCCAUCGUGUUCGGCGUGCAGGGCAACGCCAUGCGGAAGCUGGGCAGCGACACGCCUCUGAACCAGUUCCUGGCCGGAGCGUCGGCCGGCGCCAUCCAGUGCGUCAUCUGCUGCCCGAUGGAGCUGGCCAAGACCCGCAUGCAGAUGCAGGGAACCGGGGAGAAGAAGUCCAAGAGGAAGCUGUACAAGAACUCCCUGGACUGCCUGGUGAGGAUCUACCGCCGCGAGGGAGUGCGCGGGAUCAACCGCGGCAUGGUGACCACGCUGCUGCGGGAGACCCCCGGCUUCGGCGUCUACUUCCUGACGUACGACGUGCUGACGCGCUCGCUGGGCUGCGAGCCCGAAGACCCCUACAUGAUCCCCAAGCUGCUGUUCGCCGGCGGCACGUCGGGCAUCGCCUCCUGGCUGUCCACCUACCCCGUGGACGUCAUCAAGUCCCGCCUGCAGGCCGACGGCGUGGGCGGAGUCAACCAGUACAGCGGCAUCGCCGACUGCGUCCGCCAGAGCCUUCGGAAGGAGGGGUGGAGGGUGUUCACCCGGGGGCUGACCUCCACGCUGCUGCGGGCCUUCCCCGUCAACGCCACCACCUUCGCCACCGUCACGCUCUUCCUGCUGUACAUGCGCGACGGCGAGGAGUGCGGCCUGCGGGACCCGGAGCCGGCGGCCGUGCAGCCGGCGCCGGCGCUGCAGAGCCUGUGAGCCGCCGGUCCGGCCGCAGACGGGGAAGCGCUUCGCCGUGGCGCCGUUUUAAAGAAGGACUGAGCAGCAGGUGUUUCUCUGGAGGGCUGCUGCAGCCGAAGACGUUCCGGAACAUCGAGUCCGUCCCGGGCUCUGCAGGCCCCAUCCCACCCUGUGGCGGCAGGUUCUGGCCAGCGGACCUUAUGUUUAGACCCUGUGUCCUCUGUGUGGACGUGUCCCUCGCCGCAGUGCUCCUACUGUCUAUUUAAGUAAUAUAUUUUUGGAUUGAAGUUGCGUCUGUACAUAGAUCUGGCUGUUUGUACAUAUUGAGGUGAA